GGCGGCUCGCGCCCCUUGAUAAAUGAUGUGCGCGCACAAAACGAUGAUUCAAAAUGGCGUCCCGACAGGAGAAGCGCUACGACCCCAACGACAGAACUCUCACCUUCGUGGACGGAGAUGAUGAUUUGGAUUUCCUGUGUGAGGAGUUUGACUCACGAAAGGCCGCCAUGUCCUGUGGCAAUGCCGUCACUCCAGCGUCUCUCACCAAAUGGUGCCUCAUUCUGCUGAAAAAGGGCGAGUACAAAUUCGUGUGUCCUGCAUACAAGAAGGGCACCAAUGAAGUGUGUGGUGGUGAGUGGCCUUACACGGAGGUUCGUAAGAUGGCUCUUUUAACGACAGCGGAAAUAAAGUACUUUGAAGCAGUGAUGGCGAGCAAUGCGUCCCAGAAACACUUCGAUGUCCGUCUGUGUCCUGGAUGCAGUUCUUCUGUGGUUCGAGAGGAUCGCUCCUCACUAAGCGUCCGGUGCUUGGUGUGCACGGCUAACAAGGGCAAAAGGUACGAAUUCUGCUGGCAGUGUUCUAAGGAGUGGAAAGGUCCGUAUUCACGCUCAGACCGCUGUGACAAUGAUGGCUGCAGCAACCCUAACCUCGACUUGCUGAGAACCUGCCCAAAUAUCACAUUUGAGCGGGUAACGGGAGUCACCGGUUGCCCCAACAUCCGGGCCUGUCCCAUCUGUGGCACCAUGGUGGAGCACAACCAAAAGGGCUGCAAAAACAUCAUCUGUCACGAGUGUAAACAAGAGUUCUGUUUCGUGUGCCUGAAACUCACAGCUACAUGUUUGCAAACGAGUAGCCAUUAUGUAGCUUGUUCUAGUGGUGUUGCCCCUAGGCAGACCUCUAUACCUGUGCAUCAGAAAAACUAGUUAAAAGGGAACUGGACAUAUUUGUCCUUUAGUUUCCAUUUAUCUUGAGAAAUUCCUAUUCCCUCUCCUUGUGUUUUCCACUGUCGUCGAUUGUUUCUUGGUUAUUUUUCUAUUAUUUUGCGACAUCCUCAUGACAAACACAUUAUCAAAAGUUGUUUAGGGCGUCCGGGUGGCGUAGCAGUCUAUUCCAUUGCCUACCAAUACAGGGAUCGCCAGUUCGAAUCCCCAUGUUACCUCCGGCUUGGUCGGGUGUCCCUACAGACACGAUUGGCCAUGUCUGCGGGUGGGAAGCCGGAUGUUGGUAUGUUUCCUGGUCGCUGCUCUAGCGCCUCCUCUGAUCAGUCAGGGUGUGUGUUCGGGGGGGAAGGGGGAACUGGGGGGAAUAGCGUGAUCCUCAUCCGCUAUGUCCCCCUGGUGAAACUCCUCACUGUCAGGUGAAAAACAGCUGGCGACUCCACAUGAAUGGGAGGAGGCAUGUGGUAGUCUGCAGCCCUCCCCGGAUCGGCAGAGGGGGUGGAGCAACAACCGGGACAGCUCGGAAGAGUGGGGUAAUUGGCCCGGGUACAAUUGGGGAGAAAAUCCACAAAAAAAAAACAAAAAAAGUUGUUUAGGUUUUGAGAAACCGCAUCAACUUCCAGACAUUUUGUCAGGAGUGAAUGCCUUUUUGCUUUUGCAAGUACAAAGAAAAUCC